ACUCCUCUGUGUUGCUUUCCCUUUUGUUUGUUUCAUUCACAAUCUCCAGAAACCAUACUGAACAAGAAGCUAAGCAAGCCUUCAAGAUUAUUGAAGAUGGCAAACAGAAACUUUUUCUGUGUACUUCUUCUCCUUCUCACUCAAUUCCUCUCUUCUGAGCAAAACAAUCCAAGUGCUUUAAUUACAGUUGGAAUGAAAACUACAGGAUCAAGCAAGAGGAUAUUAAUGAAGGAAUCACGUGUGAUCUCCACAACACAAAAAGACAUCACCACCCCAAUAACCACAGUCCCAAACUUAGUCCCCAUAAUCUCAUCACCAUCUUCUUCUUCUUCAUCUCCAAUUCUAAACCCUAAUUCCAGUCCAGACACAGUUUCCCCAGCUUCGACACUCCCAUACACCACCACCAUUAAUGCUCCAACCACACCCAACAGCACUAAUUCCUCUGUUUCACCACCACCACCAUCAUCAUCAUCUUCUUCUUCUUCUUCUGGUUUUGGUGUGAGCUGGUGUAUUGCAAGCCCUAGUGCUUCUCAGAUGUCUCUGCAAGUGGCUUUGGACUAUGCUUGUGGCUAUGGUGGGGCUGAUUGCUCUGAGAUCCAGCCUAAUGGAAGAUGCUAUAACCCCAGUUCCUUGAGAGAUCAUGCUUCUUUUGCAUUCAAUAGUUAUUAUCAGAAGAAUCCUGUUCCUAAUAGCUGCAAUUUUGGUGGACUUGCUGUAAUCACCAGCACUAAUCCAAGUUCUGGCCCUUGUCAAUAUCCCUCCAUCAGCACAAGCACAUCAGUGUUGAACACAACAAACUCAAUGGGAGCAAAUGUGUUUGGGUCAGUUCCGGUGCCUAUGACUCCAUAUCCCUCUGCUGCACCUUCAUCAUCAAUCAUUUGCUUCCCACUUGUCUAUGUUACUGUAUUCUUAAUACAAUUCUUGUCAUCAAACACUUUUUGUCUCUAAAAAUGCAUCACUAAUUACAGUAUCAGAUUUUGCAA